AGAAAAUAAAACUAGAAACAUCGACUUUCACUGGUACUUAAUUUUUUGGGGAAAAAAAAUUUUACCUUCCGAUGCCGCUGUUGAUGGUGUUCGACGAGCAGGUGCUGCACCGAUUCUAAACAGUGGCUUUGUAAAAUAGUUGGACUUAUUGAUUGAUUAAUCGCAGCAACAACGGAAUUGCUGGGAAUGCAAAGACGAUAGUAUCAAUAUUAUUGUAACCAAGGAAUUGGAUGGAAAUUUUCUAACAUCCGAAUCGAGGAAGCUCGUGAUCUCAUGGUUCAUCCACUUUAUCGCUGUGCCACGUAGUCAAGGGCAUAUAUUAUUCGACUUUGGACCAGAUAUUUCGUUAUCCGCAAACUGACUUUGCGGAAUUCAUUUUCACCGAGCAAGGUUUUCAGCAGCUUUUCCAAAAAUGCCGUGCGAAUCCUUACAUGUACUACCGUUGAGUCUCUUCAUCCUGAUCCCUGUCACGUUUAUGAUCACUUAUACUAUAUCAGUACAAUGGGAUCACGUGGUGCCCCGUUUCCCUUACAUAUCAGAAACCGGCACAUUGUCACCCGAGUCCUGCAUAUUCGCACAGCUCCUGAACAUAGCAGCGUUCCUGCUUGCCUGCUUUGUAUACAUCAGGCAUCGGCAGGUCGAACAGUGGCGAAUUGAACGGGGUGACAACUCCGUGAACCGAUCCAUGGUUCUGCUGACAGCAUGGAGCGGUUUUCUGUCAUGCUUGGGCCUCGACAUCCUGGCGAACUUUCAGGAGGCCCGAGUGGUAGCGGCUCACAUGACUGGCGCGAUGACCUGCUUCAUGGCUGGGACCCUCUACUUCGGUCUCCAGACCUACUUGAGCCAGAAGAUGAUCAACGCAUUGAAUGGUCAGACCAUCGUCUGGGUUCGCGGUGCGCUUUCGGCUUUCACGGUAAUUCUCACAAUCGUAGUCGUCAUUCCUGGCUACAUAUCGACCCUGGAGUUCAAAGGAACCGACUACAAGAAGUGGAAGCCUGAGGAUGGCGGGUGGGAAUGGCACGUGACUAGCGUGGCAGCCGAAUGGAUGCUGGCCAUCGUAUUCUGCGCAUUUUUGGUCACCUUUGUUCCCGAAUUUCGGUUAAUAAAUUUUGAGCCGCCUGAAGUCACUCUGAUUUACCUGGACAAGGAAAGACGAAACUCAAAACUGUCGGAGACGCAGGAAACUACGAUGCAAGAAGUAUAAAAAUAUGCCAAGUAGUGGUGCUUCCGGAACUUUGUCAACAAUCGAAAAUUCGCCCUCUGAGCAAGGACGGGAACUCUGACGAUCAGACUCACGUCUUCUGCACAUCUUCUACAGCAUUCGUAAAUUUCGCUAAAGUGUGCAGAAACUUUUGGUAAUAUCUCCAACGGGUCGGAGAUAAGUCACUGAAUCAUUGCCAUCUUUUACGAAUAGUCCAUGCUGAUGUGAGGUGGACUCUAAUAGUACUUAAUGAUCGAGAUUCUCACAGUUACUAUAUUAAUAUAACCUGGUAAAAGACUUGGUCAUUCGCCAAUGUGAUGUUGGUCAAUUGACCGAGCCAGUGAUCGUAAGAGGUAGAAUAAAUAGCGAAUUAUUUUAAUUUAUACGAGAAACGAAAUGCUUACUUAAGACGAACUGGAUUCGUUAUAGUAUAAUGCAAGAAGUAGUGAACAGUUAUUUAUAAACUAGCACUGCCCUGUGGCUAUUAUCAAUAUGAAAUAUUGUAGCAACUACCAAGUAUUGUUCAAUAAAACAUUGAAAGCUGUAAUCUCGAAGC